UUAUUGUUCUCUCCAGGAAACGACGACGACUAACCUUCGCCUCCAGCCCGGACUCUGAAGAGGAGCCUGGUAUGGAACCAGAACCAAUGUACUUAGUCGAAAUUCCAUGACAUCGCCUCUUGGUGUUCAUCCACCAUGUCCCCCUCCAAGACACAGUACAAUGUCUCUCUCCGUGGCGACGCGAUACUCACCAGUCCCAGAUGGAACAAGGGCACUGCCUUCACCCUCACGGAGCGCAAGGCCUUUGGUCUCACUGGGCGAUUGCCGUAUCGCGUCAAUACUCUCGACGAGCAGUGCAAACGCGCCUACGACCAACUCCAGUCUCGACACUCACCUAUACGCAAGAAUUCCUUCUUGCAAAGCUUGAAGAACCAGAACUGGGUGCUUUACUUUGCUUUGUUAUCGAGGCAUCUUAGCGAACUCGUGCCUAUCAUCUAUACACCGACCGAGGCUGAUGCAAUCGCCAACUAUUCCCAUCUCUUCCGAAGGAGCGAGGGAUUAUAUCUGACCUUUCCCGAUCAAGAGACCAUGGAGCAGGACUUCCUCGAAGAGAUCAGAGGCAGAAGCAUCGAUCUCAUUGUAUGUUCCGAUGCAGAGGCGAUUCUCGGCAUUGGUGAUCAAGGUGUCGGGGGAAUCGGAAUAUCUGCCGCCAAGUCGGUGAUAUACACACUCAUAGGAGGCAUGGACCCUUCCAGGGCUCUCGCCGUUACGCUUGACGUCGGUACGGACAACGAGGAUCUUCUGAAUGACAAACUUUACGUUGGCUGGCCCAACAAACGUGUUCGUGGAGAGCAAUACGAUCGAUUUAUCGACAAGUUUGUGCAGCUUGUUCGAAAGCACUUUCCUCAUUGUCUCCUUCAUUUCGAGGACUUUGGUGUGACGAAUGCCCAACGCAUACUCGAACGCUAUCGGGACACUCAUUCAGUGUUUAAUGACGAUAUUCAAGGAACCGGUGCAGUCACUCUCUCUUGUGUCAUGUCUGCUAUCGGCAUCACGAAGACCAAGCUCUGUGAUCAGCGAUUCAUCAUCUACGGCGCAGGCUCCGCCGGGCUGGGCAUCACGAAACAGCUGCGUGACGCCAUGGUUGCUACAGACGGUACUCCGGAAGAAGAGGCCAACGCCAAAUUCUGGCUUAUCGACAAGCACGGCCUCAUCAGGCAGAGUACACCUGAUGUUCGAAAGGACCUUCACGCUUUCAUUCGAUCGGACGAGGAAUGGGCAUCGUUUGCCGGCGAGAUCGGCCUCCUGGAUGUAGUUAAGCAAGUAAAGCCGACGGUGCUGAUUGGGUGCUCGACUCAUGCGGGUGCUUUCACGGAAGAGGUCGUGAAGUCGAUGGCGGCACAUUGUGAGAGACCGAUCAUCCUCCCUCUGUCGAACCCGAGCCGAUUGGUAGAGGUCCACCCGAGUGACGCGAAUGACUGGACGGGCGGGAAGGCAUUGUUGGCCACAGGUAGUCCGUUCCCUCCAGCCAAGAUGCUGAACGGGAAGGAUUAUAUCAUUGCGGAAUGUAACAAUGCGCUGAUCUAUCCUGGGCUUGGAUUUGGUUCUAUGCUCUGUCAGUCUCGCAAGAUGACAGACACAAUGAUUAUCGCGGGGGCGCGCAGAUUGGCAUCUUUGUCCCCAGCGUUGAAAGAUCCGGAUAAUGCGCUUCUGCCAGACUUUGGCGACGCGCCUCAGGUGAACUUUGAGGUAGCUGUUGCUGUUGCUGAGCAGGGGAUCGAAGAAGGUGUUGCGGGCGUUCCUUGGUCGAAGGAGGAAGUACGAGCUAAGGCGAAGGCAAAGUUGUGGGAGCCUGUAUAUGUGGAGUACGUGUAUGAUAAGCAUGGAGAAGACUAGGCAAGGGGAGGUUGGUAUACUAGCGUUAGGAGAACAGUUCAUAGCCGUCCCUAAUUAGUAUUGUCGCGUCGCGUGGUUUUGGCAAAUUCGGAUCGCUUCUUUCACUUCAGCUUCAAGAUGGCCAACAUAGAACAAAUGCUUAGCAGGAUGGGGAAUAUAGAUUUCUUUGGAGAUCUCACAAGGGCGGCGAAAAUGCUAAUGGCUGCUGAAAAGAAGGGCCAUAUACCUGAUGACCUUGAUUUUGGUGUCGUGCCCGUCUGCGCGUCGUGCAAGCAGAACAUUAUGCCUCCAAAGAAACCACUACGAUGCGGG